AUGGCAGAUCGGAUCGAUGCGAGAGCUAAACAGAGGCGCGAGGAUCGGGAACGGCGCCAAAGGGAACGCAGAAGGCGUACACGCAUAGAGAAUAUCGCUCGGCAGCUGGGUCGAAGUGCAGCUUCAAUUACCGAGGAAGACAUCAAAGAGUCUUCCAGGAUGGAAAGCGAGCGGUACGCAGCAGAGCACGCACGCCGGCAGGCACUUUCUCCGGAGGAAAGACGACAAGAGGACAUUGAAUCCGAUAAACGCAAUCUCAUGCGCCAUCUGAAGCCGCAGUUUUCGUUUGGCUUUUCUGGGGAGGCUCAAUUGACUCACUAUCCCAUCUUCCAGCUACAGAAUGCACCUGACUCGCGUAAUGGAGCAGCCUGCAAGGGGAUCUCUUGUACCGAUCGUAUCCUUCCCGGUGAUUACAGGAUUGCGGUUUCCCCGGGUCGUAAUGCAUACGGAAAUCCAGACUACUAUCACGUGCAUUGUUUUGAGGAACUUCUCGACCUGACGUCGCCACAUUUUGUUUCACGGUUCGAGUCCGACAUAACGAAGUAUAUUCCUGACCACGGCGCACAGUGCAUUUUGGAAGAAUGCACUCGCAAAUGGAAAAGUCAAAUAGAAAGUGCAAACACCGAACCGGACGAGUGGAGCAUAGCAGAUGGCCUUUGGGAACAGAACAGGCAUGUCUCGCGCCGGGCCCUGCAGCGAGAUCAUGUCCUAUUCGACAUAAUUGAUGCGGCUCGUGAAGCUGAUGAUUCUGUCAGCAUGCCCAGUAGCGACUGGAAUAUCACAGAUUAUAUUCCCUCUGAAGGGGAUCCUGCAUAUGAUGGGCGAAAUCUGCUGAGCCGAGCGCUUACAGACUGGAAACACGAUCUUGUAGGUGAAACAACAGUCGCUUUCCUGUUCCUCGGAGAUGCUUCCGAAAAGUACCUUGGCAAAUUGAGUGACGAAGAACGUACUGAGAGGGAGACUCUGGGUGGCUCAAUUAGAAAGAUCAAGAACUAUGGAGUUGUGCGAAUGCCCAAUCUCAUGCCCUUUUACUGA